AUGGAACAGUACUCGGGGACGCAUCGCGCAUUUUGCGUACGAGCGUAUUAUCGUAAUGGUGAUUCAAUAGUGACUGCUCAACGUCUCUAUCGUGCGGAAUAUCGUACACGCCACGCGCCAAGUGACGAUAGCAUUAGGAAAUGGAUCAGGAUGUUCGAGAAUACAGGUGCGACAGUUAAAAUUCAAAACUCUGGUCGUCCUCGUUCAGUUCGCGAUGAAGAAACAAUUGAUGAAGUUGAGGCGUCGGUUCGUCAAAAUUCGUCUUUAUCCAUCCGAAAGCGAAGCCAAGCGUUGAACAUCAAAAAAUCGUCUUUACAUUGGAUUUUAAAGAAAGACUUACAUCUAAAAGCCUAUAAAAUUCAAUUGGUUCAAGAAUUGAAGGAUACGGACUAUGCUAAUCGACUGAAUUUUGCGAAUGAAAUGCUGCAGCGAUUUAACAACUUUAACAACAUACUGUUCAGUGACGAAGCAAAUUUUCACCUGAAUGGUCAUGUUAAUAAGCAGAAUUGUCGGUACUGGGCAGUGGAGAAUCCGAGACGAAAGCAUGAACGACCCCUGCAUAGCCCAAAGGUCGUUGUUUGGGCCGCUAUGUCUGCUAAAGGCAUAAUUGGUCCUUAUUUUCAUGAAGAUCAACGAGGCCGAGCAAUUAAUGUGAAUAGUGACCGUUAUUGCGAUAUGUUGCGAAUUUUUUUGGUCCCAGAGUUGCAGGAGUUUGCAGGUUUCAACUUAAGAACGUGGUUCCAGCAAGAUGGGGCCACUUGCCAUACCUCAAAUGACUCAAUGGAAGUUGUUAACGAAUUAUUCCCUAAUAAAGUCAUUUCGCGAAGGGGUAACAUCAACUGGCCUCCCAGAAGCCCCGACCUUAGCCCGCUUGACUAUUUUGCAGGGGGAUACCUUAAAAGUAAGGUUUAUCAAAACAAUCCGACGAAUCUAACCCAAAAAAGCAAAACAUCAGGUCAGAAAUGGCAGCAAUAUCGAUAG